CGUGGCAACAACAAUUUUGUCCCAAUAUUAAAUAGCUACAGCGUAAGCGUGGCAGCACUGACCAAAAACAAAACUAAACUAAACUCACAGCAGAACAUAAAGUGUGUUUCAUUUGUUUCUCCGAACUAGCAGGGAAACUAAGUGAAUUCACAAAACGCAACAAUGUCGAUCGCUUUUUCCUUCUUCACUCCACUCUCUUCCUCUUCCAAAUCCAUUCCCUCAUUUUCCCUCUCUACCCCUACCCCCCCUCUCCGUUUCCGCCUCACUCCCCUCCGCCGCCCCACUGAUCGCUUUUACCCUCUCCGCUCCUCCACCGGAGUCCCUGACGGCGGAUCCUUCGGAGGCCACGGCGGUCACGGACACGGAGGACAUGGUGGUCACGGUGGUGGCGGCGGUCAUGACAACGAGGACAAUGGGAGAAAGAACGAGGCUUUAUUGGUGGUGGCGGAGGCGGGGAGGUCGUUGGAGAGCGUGCCGGCGGACCUGGCGGCGGCGAUAAAAGCCGGGAAGAUUCCGGCGUCGGUGGUCACUCGCUUUCUCGAACUGGAGAAGUCUCCGUUCUUCCGGUGGCUGCUUCAGUUCGCUGGGUUCAGAGAGCGUCUCCUCGCGGAUGAUCUCUUCCUCGCAAAGGUUGCUAUGGAAUGCGGCGUUGGCGUUUUCACCAAGACUGCUGCUGAGUACGAAAAAAGAAAAGAAAACUUUUUCAACGAGAUCGAAAUUGUCUUCGCGGAUGUGGCGAUGGCCAUAAUUGCAGAUUUCAUGUUGGUUUAUCUUCCUGCGCCUACCGUAGCUCUUAGACCGCCACUCGCACUCACUGCAGGGCCUGUUGCUAAGUUUUUCCAUGGCUGCCCCGAUAAUGCUUUUCAGGUUGCUCUCUCCGGAGCAUCAUAUUCCUUGAUACAGAGGGUUGGUGCAAUUGUGCGUAAUGGGGCUAAGCUUUUUGCAGUUGGAACUGCUUCAUCACUGGUUGGGACAGCUAUGACAAAUGCCUUCAUUAAUGCAAAGAAGGCAGUUAACAAGACUUCUGAAGGGGAAAUUGAGAAUGUUCCCGUAUUGUCUACCAGUGCUGCCUAUGGUGUCUAUAUGGCAGUUUCUAGCAACCUCAGGUAUCAAGUACUUGCUGGAAUUAUUGAACAGAGGCUUUUGGAACCUUUGUUGCACCAGCACAAACUUAUCCUUAGUGCACUUUGUUUUGCUGUGCGGACUGGCAAUACAUAUUUGGGUUCAUUAUUGUGGGUGGAUUAUGCUCGUUUUGUAGGGGUUCAAUAGGCCCAGGACCAAGAUUACCACAUGACUUAUAUCUUUCUUUAUUGACAACAUUUUUCUCAACAUGUUUAUUUGCUUCAGUACUGGAUCUUUACAAAACUAUUUAUUUUCUGCAGAGGUUUGGUUGUAGGACUACCUCAAUAGGUUUUCGUUCUCAAUUUUUAUGUGCUCAUGGCUGAGCACUCUGUAUUCUUGUUUUUCUCACAAGUUUCCUCAUUCAAUUAUGCAAUGAGGAUGUGGAAAUUUAUUUUUUGAUAUCAGGACAUAAUUUGUCCCUCGAUGAAAGGUGAAAAGCUUGUGAUUAAACAAGUAUUAUGUUAGUAACACAAGAAAUCCUCUGCCAUUGAACAAGUAUUUUACAAAUUUAGCCUACGUAUAUUGACUUA